ACUGAUGCUGGGAGACUGGGAGCUGAGAGCAGUCAUCUGCCUUCCCCUUUCUGAUUAAAGCCUGUCUCCAAUUCGGUCUGUCUGUCUUUCUGCCAAACACAUCAUACAAUCACACCAAUAAACACACAGCUGAAGAUUGCACAACCAGACCAUUCACGGCUUCGGCAGAGCCCCUGACACAGAAAUGUUGAUACAUAAGUGAUGUACACACAGCACGUGACACGCCUUCACACCCCACCCCUGCACAGAUUGAUCGUACCCUGCCUAGACACAUACUGACACACCCAGUCUUCCCCUGUUUGGCUUUUCAUUGAAAAGGACCUGGGCUUCCAGAAGGUGAAGAGCAAGCCACUAAGAGGGGCUGCUUCCAGCCAAGGGCAGACCGAGAGAUGGACACUUGUCAGCCAGACUGGUUAUCUGAACUCCUGCCCCUGCCACUGCCAAAUGGGGCAGCCCCUUUUCCAGGGAUGCUAACGCCCCUCUCCUAACAUUAACCCAGCCAGCCAGAUGACUGGGGGGAGCAGAGGGGAGCCGGGAUGUGUGGGCUUUCCAGACCACCUUCUUCCCCUGCUGCGUGUUCCUGUCUCUCACCAGUGUCUCACUGGGAACCAUGAAGACCUGGGCCGAGGGAGGGCCUCAGCUGAGGAGCUAAGGACCCCCCAAGUCUCCAGCAACUAUUUUUACUUGAUCCUUCUGCCCAAAAGAUAAGGUUUCAGCUCUAAUUUGGUUCCCUGCUUCUGAGAGAUCCCAGCCAUCACCCAGUCUUGCUCAGCCUCAGCUGCAUUCCAGUCUCGCCUCUCCCUGGCUGCCUGGGGGCCAGAGGGAGGAGGACUGAGCAGGGAGGCAGUUUUCAUGCCUCUAGGCCCCUGGCUUCAUCCCCUGAUAGCAGAAGGCUUCAGAGAGAAACUCCCAACCCCUUCCCUCCUCAUGUGAACUCUUGGCAGGAGACUGCAAAGACAUCUGCUGACCCAGGGUGGGGGCAGAGGCUGUUCCUAAUCCCGCCCAGCCCCGCAGCCCUGCCCUAGAAGCCCUGUGAUCAGGGACAAGGAGUUCAGAAGAUCUCCGGGCUGCCUCAGGCCAGCCCGACUUCUUAGUUUCCCCCACUUAUUCCCCAUUAUUCAGUGGAGCCACCUCCCCUCUCCUGUGUUCUUCUACUCUCUCUGGAAGCUGCUGCUUUAAGAGGUCCAGGGAGUGAGUGUGUUAGGGCAACCUGGGGCCCAGGGAUGGGAAGCUGGGAACAUCUGUCUCCUGGGACCAGGAGCUUGGCUUGAAGGUUUUGCCCCAUAGUGAAGGCCAAAAAAAGGCUUCAGCCGAAGGCCCUAGGAUCCAGGGUGCUUUGGGACUUCCUGUCAGUGGGCCUCUGGUGGAUCGACCCAGGGGAUCAGUUAAGGUGGCAGGGUUGGAUCUUCAUGGUAUGUCGGAUGGAGAAAGGGGUCCAGGUUCAAGUUCCAGUUCUGCUGUGAACUCAUGCUGUGACCCUGGAUGGACCCUGUGCAGAAGGCUGUACUCUCCCACACUUUUGGGGGACCUUUGCUCAAGACCAAGCGGCCCAUCAUCUCCUGUAACGUCUGUCAGAUCCGCUUCAAUUCUCAGAGCCAGGCUGAGGCCCACUACAAGGGCAAUCGCCAUGCCCGAAGAGUCAAAGGCAUCGAGGCUGCCAAGACCCGAGGCAGGGAGCCUGGUGUCCGGGAACCUGGAGACCCAGCCCCCCCAGGUGGCAGCCCCCUCAGUGGAGAUGGUGGAGCCCCCCGUCCAGUUUCCAUGGAGAAUGGACUGGGUCCAGCCCCAGGAUCCCCAGAGAAACAGCCUGGCUCCCCAUCCCCUCCCAGCGUUCCGGAGACUGGUCAGGGUGCGACCAAGGGUGAAGGGGGAGCUCCAGCCCCAGCUUCCCUGCCUGGAGGUAGCAAGGAAGAGGAGGAGAAGGCCAAGCGGCUGCUCUACUGUGCUCUGUGCAAGGUGGCAGUGAACUCCCUGUCCCAGCUUGAGGCGCAUAACAAAGGUACUAAGCACAAGACAAUUCUGGAGGCCCGAAGUGGGCUGGGCCCCAUCAAAGCUUACCCUCGGCUGGGGCCUCCCACUCCCGGGGAACCCGAGGCCCCUGCCCAGGACCGAACCUUCCACUGUGAGAUCUGCAACGUCAAGGUCAACUCGGAGGUCCAACUGAAACAGCACAUUUCCAGCCGGCGGCACCGAGAUGGCGUGGCCGGGAAGCCCAACCCGCUACUGAGCCGUCACAAGAAGCCUAGGGGCGCCGGGGAGCUGGCGGGCACUCUGACUUUCUCCAAGGAGCUGCCCAAGUCCCUGGCCGGCGGCCUGCUCCCCAGCCCCCUGGCGGUGGCUGCGGUGAUGGCAGCGGCAGCAGGCUCCCCGCUGUCUCUGCGCCCGGCUCCAGCCGCUCCUCUUCUCCAGGGACCGCCGAUUACCCACCCCCUGCUCCACCCGGCCCCCGGGCCCAUCCGAACUGCGCACGGACCCAUCCUCUUCUCCCCCUACUGACCUGAACCCUGAACCCCCUCCCAUUCAACCCCCCCCCCCUCCAGCCGGGACCCAGGCCUCCGGGCUCCCAGCCCGCCCCUCCUCCCGGCACUCCCUGAAUGAUCUCUCUCCUUCCCCCCCACCCCGAGGUACGGGGUUCCAGGAAAGGGGAGGGGUAGCGGGGGAGGGGGGCUUCAGAAGGGGGGGAACACCCCAGAUCUCAGGGAACCCCGCCCCCUGCCCUUCCCUCUCCCCUAGAAAAGGGGGGGGCCGUCUCACCCCCGAGCCCCCUUGGAGACACCCCCCCUCCCAAAAGCCAUGUCCAUCCAGCCCUUCCCCCCUAAACCUAGCACAAAACGGGGUUCACAAGCCAUGGUCGGGGUCCAGGGGGCAGAAAUGGAUUUUCUUGGCAAUAAGCGGACUCUGGGACUCCGGCCCCCUACCCCCAAACUGAAGCGCUUCCGUGAACACCCCCGUCCUCCGCAGGGGGAGGGAAGCAGGCGGGAUCCUGGGUCCCUCAUAAGCACUUUGGUUUUACCGCCUGCGACCUCACUGUGCCCGCCCCGCAUCACGCCCCAGCCCAGGUCUAGCCGGGCCCAUGGGCAGCACUUGGCGGCAUCUCUGGCACUUGGGUGGGACCAAGUAGAUGCCCCUAUAGACCCUUCCCUCACCUUUGUCCUCCCCAGUCUGGAUUCCAUUCUUUUCACCAGCACCCAUCGCCCAAGGGGUACCAAGGGGGGCAAGGGGUGUCCAGUCCAAGCCCACCCCCGCCUCGCCUUCCGCAAAACUGUGAGCAAAAAGCAAUAGAAGCCUUGCCCCCGCCCCGCCCCAUUCCGCAGGAUUCGCAGUCUGUAGCCUCCCCCAUCCCAGUUCCUAGACCUCAUGGCUGUCCCCUCCCACCAGACACCUCCACUGCACAACUCGGGCGGGGUCGUGACCUCCCCCCACCACCCCUGUGGUUUCCGUAUCGUCAGCCCUUCCAACACCAACCCGGGAGGGGGACGGGCCCCGCUGGCCUUCCCCUCCCCAUCAACUCUUUAUGCUUGACGAUGUAGCAACCCUGGCCCCCUACCCACGUCUCUCCCUUUUCCCUCUCCCUGACAAUAAAGUCUGGAUUCGUUGCCCUCCGUC